UUCUGGUCGUGGGUUGCAUCCUUUAUAAAAUGGUUAAAUAUAUAUUAUUCCUAGUCCUGUUGUGGAUAAAAGUUAUAUACACAUUAAAGCAAUGUGAUGACUGCGUGUUAUACACCUCGUGUCCGAAUGCUAUGGAGCUGGCCAAGCGCCAAGUGCACGGUGAUAUUUUCAAGACUGCUUUCUGUGGAUACGACAUAUCACAACCUAGAAGUCCACCCAUGGUGUGUUGCUCUGACUUCGCCGCCACUGCGGGUAACACAGGAAUCGAAAGUAUUGGUGCCCAAAUUGGGGCUCCUGAAAGUGACCAAGUGGAACGUACUAUUCCUACUGCUGCAAGAGUACCGAUCGAAAGUCACCCCAAUGUUCGACUGCUGCCCGACGCCGACUGCGGCGACAUCGACGGCAAACGCGUCGUCGGUGGAACGAUUGCAGGACUUUACGAGUUUCCCUGGAUGGCCCUGAUCGCAACACGCACUCGCAGUGGGCUAGACUUUUCAUGCGGUGGCAGCAUCAUCAACUCGAGGUAUAUUUUGACGGCAGCACACUGCAUCCACAACAUAGCUGGCGUGAGGGUCGGCGAUUACGAUAUAACGAGUACCACGGACUGCCAGGGUUCUGGAACUGAAUAUAUUUGCGAGACACACUAUCAGGAUAUUGAGGUUGAAGAAGAGAUAGUGCACGAAGGCUGGUCGACGUCAAACCCAGACAAAAUUCAUGAUAUAGCUCUCUUGCGCCUCAAGGAACCAGUCGAUUUUUCACAUCGAAACGUGGCCCCUAUAUGUUUACCAGCAACAGAAGAAAUGAGGAUCAUGUCUUUAGACGAUAAAAAGGUGACAGUGGCUGGUUGGGGAGUUACGGAAACAGGCAGGGAUUCCAAAUUGCUAAGGAAGGUCGACAUCUCUAUUAGUGUUAUUAAUUAUUAUCGUCAUUAUCAUCAUAAGUCUCUUUUUAGCUCUGGAAAUCCCAAAAUAAUAAACGAAAACCAAGUCUGUGCCGGUAAGAUCCGGAGAGACUCCUGCAACGGAGACUCAGGUAGUCCCAUGAUGUUGGAGAGCGAGUAUCGUGGAUCGUACAGGAUCGUGCAAUACGGGUUGGUCUCGUACGGACCGACGAAGUGUGGUUCCAGCGUUCCUGGGGUAUACACUAACGUCGCCAAAUACAUGGACUGGAUAUUAGAUCACAUGAGAGAGUAAAGCCCGAUAAUCGAUUUA